GAACUCGAGGAGGAUUCUAAUAAACAUGAAGCAGAACAGCACGAGAAGGAAAGGGUUGAAGCUGAGAAGCAAGCCAAGAAAAAGACUGAUGACAGCGCCCAGCUUACUCAAAUCGAGAAUGACAUCACGACAAAAACAUUUGAUGCACCCACUUUUUACCGACUCAAAGACGAUUUUAUCACAAUUGCUGGUGCUCUGGGGAUUUCUCGAGAGGGGACUGUUGCCACUCUUAUUUUGAGAAUCAAGGAGUAUAUUGCUGAUCCAGCUAAUGUUCAUCUAGCUGAAACCCCACAGUUUUCAGCCUUGUUUGGC